AUGGCGCGGCUGUGGCUUCUGGCGUCGGCGCUCGGGCGCUGCGUCCCCGCCGGCCGCUCGGGGCCCGCGGCGGGCCGGGGCUGCGUCCGCCGCUUUGCCGCCAGCCCCCGGCCCCGUGCCCGCUUCUACACGGACCCCGUGGAGAUGGUGAAGGACAUCUCCGAUGGGGCGACCGUCAUGGUCGGGGGCUUCGGGCUCUGCGGGAUCCCCGAGAACCUGAUCGCGGCGCUGCUGCGGACGCGCGUGAGGGACCUGCGGGUGAUCAGCAGCAACGUGGGCGUGGACGACUUCGGCCUGGGCCUCCUCCUGGCCACCAAGCAGAUCCGCCGCAUCGUGUGCUCGUACCUGGGCGAGAACGCGCUGUGCGAGCGCCAGUACCUGGCCGGCGAGCUGGAGCUGGAGCUGACGCCGCAGGGCACCCUGGCCGAGCGCAUCCGCGCGGGCGGCGCCGGGGUGCCGGCCUUUUACACGCCCACGGCCUACGGGACCCUGGUGCAGGAGGGGGGCGCCCCCAUCCGCUACUACCCGGACGGCCACUUGGCCAUCCGCAGCCAGCCCCGGGAGGUGAGGGAGUUCGAGGGCCGCCACUACCUGCUGGAGCGCGCGCUCAGGGCCGACUUCGCGCUGGUCAAGGGCUGGAAGGCCGACCGCGCGGGCAACGUGGUCUUCAGGGGCAGCGCCAGGAACUUCAACGCGCCCAUGUGCAAAGCCGCCGACGUGGCGGCCGUGGAGGUGGAAGAGAUCGUGGACGUGGGGGCUUUCCGCCCGGAAGACAUCCACGUGCCCAGCAUCUACGUGGACCGCGUGAUCAAGGGCCGCGCCUUCGAGAAGCGCAUCGAGCGCCUGACCGUGCGGCCCGAGGGCGCCGCGGGCGCCUGCGCGGGCGCCGACGCGAGGACGCGCAUCGUCAAGCGCGCCGCCCUGGAGUUCGAGGACGGCAUGUACGCCAACCUGGGCAUAGGCAUCCCUCUGCUGGCCAGCAACUUCAUCCGCCCGGGCGUCACGGUCCACCUGCACAGCGAGAACGGCAUCCUGGGCCUGGGCCCCUUCCCGACCCCAGGGGAGGCGGAUGCCGACGUCAUCAACGCGGGCAAGCAGACGGUCACCGUGCUGCCCGGCGGCUCUUUCUUCUCCAGCGACGACUCCUUCGCCAUGAUCCGCGGGGGACACAUCCAGCUGACCAUGCUGGGGGCCAUGCAGGUCUCCAAAUACGGGGACCUGGCCAACUGGAUGAUCCCCGGCAAGAAGGUGAAAGGGAUGGGCGGGGCCAUGGAUUUGGUGUCCAGUGACAAGACCAAAGUGGUGGUCACCAUGGAGCACUGCACCAAGGACAAGAGCCCCAAGAUCCUGGACAAGUGCAGCAUGCCGCUGACCGGGAAGCAGUGCGUGGACCGCAUCAUCACCGAGAAGGCCGUGUUCGACGUGCACAAGAAGAGGGGGCUGACGCUCAUCGAGCUCUGGGAGGGCCUGACCGUGGCCGACGUCCAGAACAGCACGGGCUGCGCCUUUGCCGUGUCACCCAACCUCAGGCCCAUGCAGCAGGUGGCCCCCUGA